UCGCCUUGUUUUAAUAAGCUAUUCGAUAUAGAGAUCACGGGCUUUAUAGUGUUUUUAGCUUCCACUAAUAGAGCCGAUAUCAAUUCCAAAGUGCGGUGGUCUCUACACUUAUGGCUAAAGAUAGAAAAAGCCCCUUUAGUCUAUGGUAGGGGAGAUACUGAUAUAUAUACGCGGUUUUUGCGGCGUAGGACUAAGGAAAGUGAUAUAGCAAAGUUCGCUUCCCCUAUUAUUAAGGCCCUAUUAUCGUUAUCUCCUCCGAGAACCACUUAUAGGGCACUAGGCUUACUAUCUAUCUUUCGGGAUCUUUCGAAUAUCGACGAAGCUAGAGUGACUUUUAUACUAUACCCACAAGAUUUAACAAAAGAAGAAACACAGGAAAACUAA